AUGAACAAUUCAAACAAAAAUAUGACAAUAGAGUUUAACAUAGUUGCAAACAUGAAGAUGUACUUCCAAAAGAAUAUAGGAUAAAUAAUAAAAGUUAAUGAUGAGGAUAGCCUUCUUGGAAUAAUUUCAAAAUCAGACCAUGUUUUAUUACCUGAUUUAAAAUCAAUGAUAUUCAAUUUUGUUGAUUUAGAGAAUGAUGAUCAUAAUGAGCUAAGUCUUAAUCAAUCUAUGUAUACACUUUCAUCCACAGCUACUUCAAGUAUUAAAUAUACAAAAUUUUAGAUAAUAUAUUCAAAGAAUAAAAUUUGAUAAAUGAAUCCUCUUCUUUAGAUUCAGAGUUCGAAGAAUUUUGA